AUGGAGCCACGUAUCGACCCUGUUGUCGAUAUCAAAGCGAAUGCCCCCCCUGUGGGUGAUCAUUUGGCGUACCUCAAUUUUAUCACAAAGGUAUUAAUUGAUGAUCAACCCGCAGUAGACUUGCGAUUAGAGCUCCUUUCAUCGUUAAAUGAUGUGCUUCAAGACAAAGAGCGGGCGAAUUUGAUAGGAUGGGACAUCAUGCCUACGCUUCUUCGAGUUCCUGGCUCCGAAUCUUGUCUCAUAACUAUUGCACGCCUCGCAAAUCCGAGAGAGAUUAUAAUUGGAGUUGUGGAGGCAAUGUCGGAGCUGGAUCUCGAGGAUGUGGAAGACAAUUGGGAUGAAGAACCAAUCGAAAAUGAGGAAGGUACUGCUGUCAAAGAAUCAAACGAAAUUGAUCGCUUUUGCCUUCUACUCAGUCUGCUUGCUAUAAUUCACCCUCGGAUCAAGACCAAACAUCCUUCACGCUUCCUUGCGAACUCCAUAGAUACAAUCACGAAUGCAUUUCAUCCCUCCCACAAGGCAGUACUUGCAGUUGGCAAAUUCAUACAGACAUUGUCUGGCAAGAAGCGCCCUACACUCCCUGGACGAAAAUCGAGUCUCAGCAUUACCAAUUUUAUGCGCCACGAGGUAGAUUCUUCACUGCCAACUGCACCAGAUCCAGAAUCAGAGGAGGAGGAGUCCUAUGAGUCUGCCAUCCAGCAGAAGUUGUUACAAGGCUUCGCAGUACAUAUAUUGGGUCUCUACAUAAACGAACAUCCGAUAGAGUGGGCAGGACGUCUGCAAGAAUUGUUUGAGCCCGAACGAGUCGUGGCUGGUAGAACAAGUUUGUGUGUAGCGUUUCGGGUCGACCCCGGUCUUCAAAUUCGGGAUGAAGUGACUGGACAGAUUGUCGCUCUUUGCCGUGAUUUAGGACUCGCCGAUUACAAUCUGCUUUUCGAUACGAUCUAUGCUACUCCACCAAUUGCGCGGGUGCGGUCGGAACACGAAGACCCCAGAGAUAACCUACCUGACUCCCCGGAAGAGAUCCCACUAUCACCAAAUGGUAGCUUGUUCCUUCUCACCUCACUAGUAUUUUCCUCCCUCAUGUUUAAAACAAAAAGCCCAGAGCCGGUCAUGUCCAUAUUCCCUGAUCAUGCGAAACUUGUCGCUCGAUUCUUUGACUCUGCAGAUGGAUCAUCUAUUGCCAUCGUUGAUGCUGUAGUUGCGAUUGGUUUAUGGUUAGAGCACUCAAAUAAAUUUGUAUCUGGAGAAUUCAAGGACAAUGACUAUAUGGCACAUUUACGGGCUUUAUCAUUAUGGUCUGCCACAAAUCCUUCUCCGGGUCUGCGGUACUGUACACAUAAACUCACGUCUGCCAUAUUACACGCCCAUCCCGUGGAUGCGAUAAGAUUGGUUUUCAUCUCAAAGACGCUCCAGGGUUCUCCAGAUGAAAUCAGCGCGAUAGCUCUGAAAGUAUCUGCUAUUACUUGGCUCAAGGAGGAAUUAAUUACAGCCCAUGAGAGGAAAUCACAAAAUCUUUUUUCUACCAGCUCUGUCCUACUAGAGACAAAAUCCCAAAUCUUCCCAAAUCUUUCAAUACUUGUUGAUGAUUCGGAUGAAGAAUUGACUAAUGAUUUAAUGGCAUCAUUUGCAGUCCACAUGGCUGCGCUGAAUUUCUUAUUUUUUAUCACAGCAGAGCAAUAUGCCAAUAUCAUACCACCUGGAAUGAUGACACAAGUCGAGAGCGAAUAUAUUGUCCCUUUGAAAACUGCCCAAGAAAGAGUACUGAAGUUCUCGGGUUCAUCUGAAGAUACAGAAGCUCCACAUAUGGAAUUAGAAUUGUUGGGCGAACAAAUCUCAAUGUGUUUAUCAAGACUUCAUGAGAAAUGA